AUGUUAUUUUAUUCCAAGGGAUCUGGAGAAGUAGAGAAAUAUGCUGUUAGCCGAUUCUUCUCGUUCUUUUCUAAUCUUUUUACUCCUUUUCAGGAUGAUACUGCAUUUGAAAAGCAGAGUGCCCUGUUUGCCCUAGCUGUUUCGGAUAUAGUGCUAAUAAACAUGUGGUGUCAUGACAUUGGCCGUGAGCAGGCUGCAAAUAAGCCUCUCUUAAAAACUGUAUUCCAGGUCAUGAUGAGAUUAUUUAGUCCACGCAAAACAACUUUAAUGUUUGUUAUACGUGAUAAAACAAGGACGCCUUUGGAAAACCUGGAACCUGUUUUAAGAGAAGACAUUCAGAAGAUAUGGGAUGCAGUUCCUAAGCCAAGUGCGCACACGGAAACUCCAUUAAGCGAAUUCUUUAAUGUCGAAGUUACAGCUCUUUCUAGUUAUGAAGAGAGGGAAGAACAAUUCAAAGAGCAGGUGGCGAGCCUAAGACAGAGAUUCUUUCAUUCUAUUGCUCCUGGUGGCCUUGCUGGGGAUAGGCGAGCUGUAGUUCCUGCUUCUGGCUUUUCAUUUAGUGCGCAACAAAUUUGGAAGAUCAUAUUUUCUUCUUUUAUUGCAAACGAGAUAGCUUUUCUUGUAAACAUAUUUUUGAAGGUUUUGCUUGAUUCAUUAUAUUUUGCUUUAUUUUAUCUGCACGCACAACGUCCAACCUAA